GCAGAACCUUCGUUAGACAGUAUCAUGUUUCCCUUCGGCUCAUGUAAUUUACCGGAACACAACGAAAGCAUGACAGCAGUGGAGAAAUGAAUGGGUGCUAAAGCUGUUUGUGUUGUUGUGUGCGUCAUGUUUUGAACAGAUAAACAGAAACAGUCACGGAUUGAGAGAUGGAGUGCGACAUUCUGGACUCUUUAGAGCAGCUCGGCUAUGACGGUCCUUUGCUGGACGAGAAGGCGCUGCUCAGAGCCGCAGAGGGAGGCCUGUCCUCCCCGGAGUACGUGGACCUUUGCCAGUGGCUGUCAUCCAGGUUACAGCCGCUGUGUGACCUGGAGGAGAGCAUCACUUCCGGUCCAGAGGACAUGGACAGCCUCCAAGUAGAGAUGAGCGGUUUGCUGAAGGAGCUGCACUGUCCUUUUGUAGAAGUCGUUUCAGGGAUUCUCAAGGGCACUGAGCGAAAUACAAAAGAGCAUCUCAAGUUUGUUUUGUUUUUAGCUUCUGAGCUCCAGGCGGCUCAGAUUGUGAGGAGCAGGCGAGACUGUGAGAAACCACAAGACAAGAGUCCAGUGUACCAGGAGCUUCAAGUGAUCUGUGAAACGCUAAAACUGUCAGAACCCAGAGGACAGGACGCAGCACGAGUUUUCUCUCAAGUACAAAACAAGGUUGAAAAACUACUUGCUGAUCUUCCUAGCGCCUCAGUUGGAAACCCAGUGUUGAAGAAACCUAUCGACAGUGAACAGUGGGAGAAGCUGCACAGCAUAAACGCAGCUCUGUCGUCAGAGUACGAGUGUCGUCGUAGGAUGCUGAUCAAACGUCUGGACGUCACAGUUCAGUCAUUCGGUUGGUCAGACAGAGCAAAGGUGAGGGUGGACAGUAUGGCCAGAGCCUACCAGCCUAAGAGACACUCUCUGAAGCCUCAGUCCACCGUAGACAUGGCCGAGCUUCUGGCCGCCAGAGAAGACAUCUGCAACGUGGUGAAGACCAGCAGCGGCUCCAGCAGAGAAAAGACGGCUUGUGCUGUCAACAAGAUCCUGAUGGGAAGAGUGCCGGACCGAGGAGGACGUCCGUCAGAGAUACAAGCGCCGCCUCCGGAGAUGCCGCCCUGGCAGAAACGACAAGAUGGUGGAGGAGGAGGAGGGUGGGGAGGACGAGGAGGAGGAGGAUGGGGACAAGGAGGACGAGGUGGUGGAGGAGGUUGGAGAGGAGGAGGAGGAGGAGGAGGAGGAUGGGGACAAGGAGGACACAGCAGACAUGGAGAUUAUGGUGGACAUGGUGGAUAUGGAGGACACGGAGGCAAGAGAGGACGGUACCAGUAUUAGCUUGUUGACAUUUUUCUCAUUGGUGUUUGUGUAAAAGCUGAUCCAGAUGUAGUUUUCCCUAUGAACUCAGCUCUUUUUUGUAUGUUUUCUAUGGAGGAAGAAAACCUUUUUUAUCUGGUGAAAAACUGGCAGCGUGAGGCCGUAAAUCAUCCUCUUUGGCUGAUUGUAAAGCUCGACUGUGAUUUGAAUUUUAUCAGUGUUUCAUUUAUUUUUUUUCAAUAUUCUUAUUAGUGAAUGCAGCAAUAAUAUGAAUUUUCUGUCAAAUAACUUAUCGUGCACAUUGAGCCAUAAUGUCCCAAAUUUAAAGUGCACACUAAUUUCAAAGUGUGUUAAUGCUGAAAAAAUGAGAAAAUGAGGAAUACUUUGAUCCAGAUCCACAGGAAAAGAGGGAGAGACUUAUCAUGGAUGUUAGUUCUACACCUGAGAAAACCAAUAAUGACCUUGAAUCUUUUCAAAAAACAAAUGGUAAAGCUUGUGUCAAAAACAAAAUACUGUUAAAUUUACUGUUAGUUUGUAUUAUGGUACUGGGACAGAUGCUUGCAUCUUCAGUGUGUUUCAACAUCUAUUUUUGAACGCUGAAAUACACAAAGACACGACAUACUGAAUGCUUGCAGAAAAAAAUACGAGUUUUUCCUUAAAAGAUUUGCUUGUGCACCGACGGAUUUAGUAAUAAACUGAAAGGAUGACACAUUUUACAAGACCUCUGAGGACCUAAAUGUUAGCAGCACAUCCCACAGAUGCUCAGUUAGAUAGAGAUCAGAUCACAUGUUGAACUUUGUCAUGUUCCUCAUAUUAUUCGAGAUCAAUUUUGGAAAGGUGGCAGUGCACUUUAACCAGCAGAAAGAGACCGCUGCUCUCAGGGAACACCAUGAAGAGGUGUGUGUUUUCUGCUACAAUGUUGCAGCUGUCUGACAUCUUUCUAUUGUAGCCAGAAUUAAAGUUUUAAAUAGUUUGUGCCAGAGUAGCUCUUCACAUCACACAGGGCAUUGAGCCUGUCGCCAGUUCCCCAUUGUCCUUCCUUAGACCUUCUGGUAACCUGCCACUCUGCCGAUGCUCUGACUCCUGUCACCUCAGUCUGGCCCUUGUCAAAGUUGUUACCAUUUUUAUAUUGCCCAUUUUUCCAACCUCCAACCUCUUUGAAAUCACAUAAUGUUUCAUGCAUUGUAAUGGAGACCUACACAGCAUUAUGACCACUGACAGGUGAAGUGAAAAACAUCCAUCAUCUUGUUAUAUUGCAACAUUAUGAUGGGAAACCUCGAGUCCUCUCAUUCAUGUGGAUGUUUGACAUGUACCACCUACCUAAACAUUGCAGGCCAAGCAACCGAACAUGCCCCAUGGCAACAGCAGUCCUUGAUGCCAGUUGCCACCCUCAGCAGGGCAAUCCACCCCGACACACUGCUCAGGAGUGGACCGGAGAACACGACAAAGCUACGCUGUUCACCCAGGUUCCACACUCUCCAGAUCCAAAUCUUAUAGAGCAUCUAUUGCAGGAUAAGCCUGAUCUAGAUAUGUCCCAGAAUUCUCUGCCACCAUCCCGGUGCCACAGAACAUCCCCAGAGGUCCUGUGUUUUAGCAGCAUAAAGGGGACCAACACAAUAUUAGGCACGUGGUCAUAAUGUUUUCCCUCAUUGGUACCACUUUGUCCUAAUAAUGGGCUUUAAACUUCGCAGUCUGUAGUGCAAAAUGAGCCACCAUCUCUUAGUGGCUUAAGCUUGUUUGUACUCGUGCAAGACAAGGUGACAUACCUGUGCAGAGGAUUGUGCGUCCGGGUUGCAUACUUCAAAAUCCGACUGGAUGUAGUAGGACGUCUGGGUAUUUUUGGCACCUUUCAGAGGACACGUUUAGUCUUUUUCUGGCAUGAUAUAUGGUAUUGUAGUAUGGAUAAUGAACACACCCUCACUGUUCACUUUCUGCCUCGCUCCUUCACAGAUGUCACUUUAAUGAGAUGAUCGAUGUUCUUCACUUCACCCGUCAGUGGUUUUAAUGAUGUGGCUGAUCUGUUUAGGUUGUUAGAGUGGAUGGAGUGAGUGAAACUGCUGCUCACAUCAAGGACAAUGUAAGGAUUGUACUAAAACAUGGAUUUUCAGCUACUAAAUCAUACUGUAGCUCUAAUGUUUGAUCCUUCAGUGUGUCCUCUACAUCAAAGCAUAGGAAAGAAGUAUCACAUUUUACAUUUCCUACUGGAAAAUAGAAGAUUUCCUGUAACAUCUUGAUAGGGAUUCUUUCAAUAAAUAUCUUUUCCAAUUC